CUCCCUCUCUCACACACACACUCUCUCUCUCUUUAAAAAAAUCCCUAAUUUUGCCUCUCAAUUCUAUACAUCCUCAUCCACAGGUAAGUUUAUACAGAUCUGCAGAAAGAGCAAGCAAAUAUAUAUAUACACACAUACAGAAAGCUGGGCGAGCUAUAUAUAUAUAUAUAUAUAGAGAGAGAGAGAGAGAAGAUCUUGAUCAGAGAAGAAAAGACAGCGAGCUGAGAAUUGAAGAUGAGCAACAACAUGAAUGGGCAGCAGUUCGGAGACACGACAUACACCAAGGUUUUUGUGGGCGGGCUGGCAUGGGAGACUCAGAAAGAAACCAUGGAGAAGUACUUUGAACAGUUCGGUGAAAUCUUGGAGGCUGUUGUCAUCUCCGAUAAGGCCACCGGCAGAUCAAAAGGCUAUGGCUUUGUAACGUUUCGUGAGGCAGAAGCAGCCAUGAGAGCGUGUGUUGAUGCUGCACCAGUGAUUGAUGGGAGAAGAGCCAACUGCAAUCUUGCUUCUUUGGGUGUUCAAAGAUCCAAGCCUUCUACACCUAAACAUGCAGGAGGAGGGGGAGGAGGAGUGAGAAAUUUUAGGGCAAUGAGUGGGUUUCAAGGAGGGUUUGGAGCAACAGCUACAGCCUUUCCUUCUGCAACAACCUUCCCUCAUCAUUAUGCCAUCCAACAAGGCCUACCUUAUAAUCUUUAUGGGUACUCUUCAUAUUCUCCAGAAUUCACCUACCCCACGGGGUACUAUGGUAUGUAUGGAGGCGCGACGGCAGCACAGUAUGCCGCAAUGUAUGGUACUGGGACCAACGGGAUGUUAUCUGCUGCGGCGGCGGCGGCCGCCUUUUACCCUUACCUGAAUUUUGGCGAAGGAAGUGGUGGAGCCACCACCACCGGCGGCUACACGGCCAGCCAGGCCGCCUACGGGGUCCAGUACCCCCAUCACCUGGUUCCGUACUCAGCCGCCAUUAACACCACCGCGGGGUUCCCGGCGCAACACUACGCCACCCCCAUUUCUCUGGCGGCACACACAACUCCGGUGCAAUCAGUUUGUUUUGCUGUGCCGCAGGCGUGACCGUGGCGGCGGCGCGUGCACCCAUUCCUCACCGUUGAAAACAUCCAUGCCUGCAUGCCCCAAGCAAGAAUGAUCAAAAGAGAGAUUCAACCACCGUACCUUUGGCGGUUCUCAGCCUCCUCCUCCUCACCGGAGCGAGUCUCGGAUAUGGCAUCCGAUAUCUCCACCACUGGAGCCUCGUGUAGGGGCUCCCUCCCCGAAUUCGGAGCAAAGUAAACCUCGAUCUCCGUCUUCGUCUUCGUCUUUCUCUUGACAGGAAAGGUUCUCUCAAGAGAAAACAGAAGGUGCUAGAAGCUAAGCAUAUAUGCAUGUGCAUUUACAAUCAUCGUACCCAACCAAGCUGUCUCAGACGAUGAAGCUGUGUUGGUACCAUUUUUUUCUUUUUUUUUUUCCUUUGAAACCUUAGCCUCGGAAAGGCUAAGGAAAUGUAACCAUUUAGGGAAUUUAACCCUUUUUGUGGAUCAUAACUUAGCUUUAGACAAAAACCCUGCACUUUUCAAAUCAUGAUGAUCUUCAAAAGACUAGCUCAU